AUGAACGCUAUCAAGUUUUUCAUCGGCACGUUGUUGUUGAGCAUCAUUCUCCUCGGAGGGCAUGCAAGUGCAGACGAUCACGAUCAUGAAGAGGGGGAACACGCGCACGAGGAGCUCUGGCAUGGAGUGUAUCACCUUGAGCAAGCAACAUACACGCUGAGCCUUCAACGACAGAAUGAGGAAUACGUCGACUCCUCCCUCAAGGUAGUGCUGGUACCCAUGCCCGAAGCUUUCGAGGAGAGCAGCUCUGCGGUGGAGAAGUUGGAGGAGCAGGUUGAUGCGUUCGAGCUGGUGGCAGACAAGGAGGCAGCAAGCACGCUGAUGAAGGUGUCGGUGACUGUUGCUGGGGAGUACGUGGUCUUUGCCAACCACAACCCGUCAGAGUGGGAGGCCGGCGACCGGAAGCUCUUCAGCGACAUCCAUGGGGAAAGCCUCUCCAUCGAGGGAUCCGCAGCCUGCGCUAGCUCCAUGGACAGCAGCAGGGUAUGGGGGCUGUCGAUGCUCGGGGCCUUCCUGGGGGCCGUGAUGUCGCUCUCGGGGGCCCUCAUCAUCGCUCCGAUCGUUCAGAUGAAGCAGCUGGGCAUCCUCAAGUUCCUCAACUCCUUCGCGUGCGGUGUUCUCAUCUCCCUCGUCCUCGUCCACCUCAUCCCUGAAGCUGGCGCUCUCUUCGGGGCCCUGGACUGGCGCGUCAGCACCACGGUGACCGCUGGAUACUUCGCCGGCCUUCUGAUCGAGCACGGUCUCAAAGUUUUUUUACAAACCCACGAGCAAGGAGCAGCAGGAAGCGGAGGAGGAAGCACCGUAGCGGAGAUGGUUCAAGUGCGCUGCGACUUGCAACAGAAGAUGGAGGCGCCUCAACAGCUGCCCUACGUCACUGAGAGCAGCGUCGAAAGUGCCUGCUUAGAGGAGGCGAUCCUCUGCCCGCACGGCAGGAUAGGCAACGUGCUCAUUGCCGACUUCUUCCACAACUUCUUCGAUGGGGUGACAACAGCCAUUGCCUUCAAAUACUGCGGACCAGAGCUCGGCUGGAUUGUUGUGGGUGCAGCCAUCGUGCACGAACUACCCCAGGAGCUCAGCGACUUUGUCAUCCUUAGGACGUCUGGAAUGUCGACUCGAUGGGCGCUGAUCAGCAACUUCGCCUCCUCCCUCUCUUGCAUCCUUGGGGUCAUCGUAAUCCUCGCGUCCUCCGACUCCAUCUCCUCCCACAUCAGCAAGGACAUGGGGCUCCUGCUGGCCUUCGGAGCUGGCCUGCUCCUGUACAUCGCCGCGGGACUUGUUCCCGAGAUCCUGGUCGUCGAUGAUCUACAGCGAGCAGCCGUCCACUGGCUGGUACGUCUCCUGAUGCAUGAUGUUGUCACUGCUGCCGACCUCUCGCCUCCUCUUGCUCUCCUCGUGACCUUCCUCCUCUCUCUCUUCCUAUCUCGUUAA